GUCCAACAGGUUGCUUGCUCUUUCCUAUCCUACCUUUGCCCAGUAUGCAAUUGUCUCAUUAAUUACUACUCUCCGCAGACUACAGUAUUUGCUUACAGGGGAGGGUGUCCCUUGGCAGCCAAGUUUCUAACAGGUGCUUUUGCAAAUAACCCAUGGGCUUCCUGGAUUAGCCAGUUGCACAUUGCCUCUCCGCCUGGCAACAGGCACAGAAAGGGGAGCUGCUAGGGGAAAAAUCCCACAAGUCUACUGGGAAAGAAAGUGAGAGCUAAGAAAAGAGGACCUUGAAAUCCCUUGGUUUACUCCUGAAGCCAGCAUUGGAUCGUCUGCCUUCCUUCCAUCAGGAAAGACAGCAGAACUGGAGAAGUGAAAGAGGAUACAUAGCCGGAACUUCUAAGCGAGGAGGGAGGUGUGUGGAAACAAACAAAGAGCUGUGAUAAGAAACAAAUGCUUCUGCAGCCAAGGGGUGCAUUUCUAGUUGUGCAAGCUGGUCCUUUCUAUACUGAUGCCUCCUUGCUGAAAUUAUCAUUCCUCAAAGAAGCUUCUCCUCCCAAUUGAUCUGGCAGGGGUUAGAGGAAGAGAUCAUCGAAGCGUGGAUGUGUUCAUUUCUGAAGUCAGCUCAUGUUCGAACUACAAGGCUGAUGGAUAUGGAAAAAGAGAGAGAUUUCUACCACAUGUUUAAAGCUGACUAAGAAGAGUGGACAAUCUUAAAAUGCUACUUGGAUAAAAGUGGAAAAGAUUCUAGAAGGCAGAUUUCUCAUCAGAAAGAAAGCUCUACAGAUUUUCAUAGGCUAAGAAAAAAAAAGGCUCUGCUGUCAUUGGCUGGGAAUUACGUGAAUUUACAACUGUGCAAUGACCUGUUUUCUGUGCUAUCAGAAAACUGGCAUACUGUUCAUUCAGAGAAAGAAACUAAAAUAAACUCGGAGCACUUCCCAAUUGUUUCUUCACUGAACAUAUGAAAUAUUUCACGUCUUAGCUGGUCAAGGCUGCAGAUAAUUUAGAACUCUUGACCAAUGCAGCCAAAGAAUACCCCCUUCUCAAAACUAACAACUGGGACCAUUGCUUCUAUUUCAUAAAUGUGUACUUGUGAUGUUCACAUUUUGGAAUAUGCUCGGCAUUCGAAGAACAGAGACUGAGUAUCUAGAUGAACUACUGGGAAGACCAUUUUGGGUUUCUGGAUCUAUUUGAUAUUUCUUUAUAUAUAUAAACAAUUAUUGAACACUGGAAAUAUAGAGGUAUAGAUGGACUGGCAAAAGACAUCAAAGAAGGAACUUCUCAUUAUAUGUCUUUAUAUGGAAAAAUCCAGAUAAUAUUAUGUUGCUUCCUUCACUGUUUUAUGAAGCCAACACAAGAAAUGGGAGGAUUUCUGCUUCAGGGUGCUCUCUCCUAAUCACCACUCCAGAAAACUGGAUUAUCUUAUUUUCACAGCUGUAGAUCUUGUUGUCCACGGAAGUAUUGAAAGAGUGCUAUUUUCCAUCCUUUUGAUUUUCUUUAGUCUCUGCCCAAUAAGUGCUCAAUGAAAGACAAGUUAGGAGCUCUCCUGCUCAUCCAUCUCAUGUGAAACUGGAGUCAAUUUAGGUCUAAAAGAAGAAAACCCAAGAGAUCUGUGUGAUACUCUCACUCAGACUUUGGAUUUCAAAUGAAUGAUUCCAUUAUUAUCUCCCAUUAGUGUAGAUGCAGACAAGCUACAGGUAGAGGAGUUGGCUUUCCAACCUAAGUUUAAAAGGUGCUCUAACAAAGUUAAUGGUUUGAUUUAAAUUAGGGGUUGAGAGGAUAUUAGAGUGACAGGCAAUUAGUCCACCAGCUCUGGAACUGCUGUAUUUUUUUAAAGCCUGUAUUUAUUUGAGGUGUUUGUUUCAUAACUUGGGGGCUCUUGCUCCCUCCAUAUUUUAGGAGUCUGUAUGCUAGCAGCAAGUGUUAAGAGACAGGGGUAACAUAGCCAGAUCCCUUUGGGCAUAGACUUCACACAUAGGAUUAAAUGUGAUGGAUUAAGGGUGACACCGGAGUGUGAAGUAUGGAAUGACCUAUUUAAAAAGCUGAAAUUUAGGAUCUUAAGGAGGCUGGAGAAUACAGGGCUGCCUAUAAUGAUUCCUGCAUUCCUGUAAGGAUGAACUUCUGAAGUGUUAAGACGACUGCUAUAUAUUGAGACGUCUUGUCAACAUUAGGCAAUUCAAAAAGAGUGGGGAGGCUGGGUGCUGGGUGCCAUCCCUGUGCUCAAGAUUACAGUGCUCCAUAAGGGGCUCCAAUGUGACAUAAGACAUUUGGGGAAAGGAUCUAAAGGGUGCUUGUGUCAAUAAGGAGAAGGCUAAACUGUAGCACAUCCUUUAUGGUAUCUUUAAACUGAACCCCUGUGGCUGUUCCCAGGCAAGCAUUCUGAUCUGCAGCAAAUGAAGUGACUACCAGAUGUAACUCCGUGCACUGAACAAGUUACUGGGUGAUAAUUUUGCAUUUUCAAAGGAGGCCCUGAUAAUUCAUCCACUUGUUUUUUCCCCCUCUGGCCAGUUGGCAUUCCUAAUUGCUUCUUGGAAUUAAGGUGGUAGUCUGCGAAAAGGAUAUAGGCUAAUUUAUGCAAACAGAUGCCAGCGGUAUUUCCCUUCUCAGGCGUUAAAAGGAAGACUCAUGGGAUAAAUGAAAUCUACAGUAAUGACAAUCUUUAUUUUUGAGAUGUAAGAUCUCAGUAGGGUGCAGGUAACAGGUUCUUUUGGCUUUCCAUUUGCUGGAGGAGGAUAGAAGGAGUUUUGUUUACAGGGACAAUAUAAGUUUUCAUGCCUUUCCCCCAAAGGCCAUGGCUGGGUCACAGGUACGUUGCCUGGAAAGUGAGGCGCCAUAUCUGAAAAUAACAGAAUCAAACCCUGAAUUUUAUUACUGCGAGGGUCAACGGCUGGCCCUUGAAGCCUUGCUCUCUGAAGGGGAGGAGGCCUUUAAGAAGAGCCUCAUUCAGGAAAAGUUGCGCCCUUUUCUGUCAGAUGCAGAACUCCGGGAGCUGAAAGCAGAAGUGAAAGAAGAAGAUUGGCAAACAUCUGAACCUGUAGAACUGGGGAAAUUGAACCAUGAUGGUGAUGAGUCCAGUUUCACUUACUGGCCAGGACGAUCAGAUGAGCCCACUCCAGAGCUGGAACUGGGGUGGCCAAGCAACAAUGUUUGGAAAGGGAUUACAAGAGCAGAGGUUUACACACAUCCACCGGGAGAAGGAGCACCGCACAUCAAGGAGCUGGUCCGCAGGAGUAUCCAACAGGCUGACAAGGUUAUUGCCGUAGUCAUGGAUGUCUUCUCGGACCCUGACAUCCUCUUGGACCUAUAUGACGCGGCAGUCAGGCGGCGGAUCCCUGUCUACAUUAUUCUCAGCAGAAAGCAUCUUCUCUCUUUCCUCAUCAUGGCUGAAAAAACCUGCCUUAAUGUCCGUCACACAGAGAACCUGAGAGUUCGAUUCAUCAACGGCUGCACGUUCCAAAGCAGACAUGAGAAUAAAGAGGUCACAGGGAUCAUGAAGGAGAAAUUUGUACUGGUUGAUGGAGAAGUUGUGAUCACUGGAAGCUACAGCUUCACGUGGACUGAUGCUCGCUUGAACCGUCAACUUGUCACACGGCUUACAGGAGAAGUGACAGAAGCUUUUGACCGGGAAUUUCGAACCUUGUAUGCUGCCUCCUGUCCCUUGCCAACUCUGGAGGUGUCACCUCGGUCUCAGCCCACAUCCACAACUCCAUUGCCAACCCCCAAUGGCCCAGAUGCAGCUCCAUUCAUCAGUGUCCUGGAUGGGGUGCAGCUAUCCAACCGUAUUUCAGAGCGGCGUUCUGUGGCUCCUCAACCUGUGGCCAAAAGCCGUGCUGGCGAGUGGGAUCUCGUAUUAGCCUCACCAGCCACAGCAGAAGACCCUAUGCUACCUGUCGCAUCUCCUGAGGUAUCAAUCCGAAACCGGCUUGCAGCAUGGCGUGGCAAGGAUAUUUCCGGAGGGGGCCAGCAGGGCACUCCUGAGGGACACAACGCUCUAAGUGAUAUUCUUAGGAAUGUACAACGGAAUCGGCUCUCAGUAGCCAAAACUACAGGGGCCCGUCCAAGUAAGUCACUGUGGGAUCUCAGCCGGCUCUCCGGAUCCAGCACAACAGGAUGGGGAUGGAAUGGGACAGAUUCACCUGAGGAUGCCAAGAAGUGGGGCUACCAGGAUACACCAGCAAAGGAGCUGAUGAAACAACGUGGAACUGGCCAUACCCCAGAUGAGUCGAGGACACCCAUCUACCUAGCACAUGGACGCAUGACCACUUCCCCUGCCUACCCAGCUUUAGGAAGACUACAAGGACAGCUAUACCAUCACACGGCUGGUACAGGCCUACCUCGGGCUUGGGUGCAUUCAGGGAAACCUCAAUAUGGGCAUCAGAUACGGUUCUGAAAUCACUUUGAAGCUGUGAAGUGAUGGGGGAGGAGAUAACAGGAGAGUAACCUUGAAAAGACUGGAAAUUAUUCUACAACAGGAAAUUAUUCUGCAACUGGAACUGACAUUCUUGUUAGAGCUGAAAGUGUAUAUAGGGAAUGAUUACAAGAAUGGUUUUAGUAUAUUAUACUAUAAAUUGGGAGACGUUACUGCCGAGUGACUCCCCCCUCACCAAUGAACUUCAAAAUGCCGUUACGAGCUGAUACCAUUAUAUACUGUGACCAACCUGUGUCAGCAAACUAAGGAACAAAUUUCUCCUAAUGCAGCUACAUUAGGCUUGACUUGGUUUGCAUAGAUGGAACUGGAAACAAGCAGCAAGUUGGAAAAGCUAUACUGAUGAGCUGGCUCAAGGGAACCAGGGUACAGCUAAUGAGGCACUGAGAAGCAAUAUAAAGCAUUACAGUAAAAGAAAAAUGGGAUGCUAGUUUAAUUCUAUCUCAACAAUGGUAAAAGAGAAGUCAUUACUGCAGGAUCUAUGAUGUGAAUACAGAUACAAUAUCUUUCCUAGGUUAUAGCUCAUCAUUAUAUCCAUUAUCAAAAUACGGUAUUUAAGAGGCACUGGAAUAAGGCAGCCUGCAGGAAAUGCUUUGACAUUUAAGAGGCUAGAAUAAUUACACUGAGCCCUAUUGGUUUCUAAGGGGUAGGAUUUAGAAGAGAAGACUAUUUAAAGGGAGUUAGAGAUUUGUGAAUCUAAGUGACUACAUGUGUGCACACACCUAAUCCAGCAAAACUGAUAAAGAACACUAACACAAUGUGUUUCUUACAAAAUGGAAGGGGGGGUAUCAGCUCCUUGUGGAAUCAUCUCCAAAAUCCAAAGGACCCAGAUGUUCCAAAGCAGUUUUCCAGAACACUUCAAGCAAUUGCUUCUUUGCCCAGAAUAGUAAUCAAUGCAGUAUUCAAUGGAGACUCAUUCAAUUAUUCUGAGGUUUCAAUCUUGAAACUGAUAGUUGGCAUAUAGAUUGUAUUGCGGCUGUGUCCACCCAGCCUAAUUUUUUUUUGUACUGUCUUCCCUUGACAUUAUCUUUCCAACAUUCUCCAGAGAUCUCAAAAGUGCACUUACUAUUUGGGGUUGUCCAAGUAAAAUGUUAUUGCUCAACCCUGAAUUUUGGAAGAGUUUUGUUUUCCCCCCAUAUUAAUCACCACAUUUUCCUUUCCUCUCCGUGUUUACUGAAUCAAGAGGAAGCGGUUGUAAUUGGCACAAGUUAAGUUAUCAGAUUUAUAAUGAACACAGAAUAGUAAUGAUAAUGCCAGGAAGUAAUGCUAUUUUAAUCAUUAAAGGACAUGCAUUAUGUGAAUUCAACAUAAGGAAGCAAGAAGUGUAUGUAACAAGACUGUGAAACCAUACUGUAGGCCCUGCCUGAAUCCACAAAUAACUUCAUGUGCAUGUGAGUCCAGAAUACUUUAAAAAGUAAGAGUGAGAAGACCCAGUUAAUUAAGCAGAAGAAAUAUCCAGUGAAUGACCCUGAGAAUCUGGUCAAAGGCUCUAGUAUCCUCAUGCGAGUGGGAAGAUGACUGACCAAGACACCUUGACAAAGAAAAUGCCAAACACCUAUGCAUCACAGAGCAAUUUUUCAGCAUGGAUAAGAGGAGGUGGCAUUACGGUUGCUAGGAGCUAGACUCAAGAGGUCUCCUGUCUUGGAUUGUUGCGGAGAAGGGAACAUUCCAGCAAGAUGCAGCAUCUAUCAUUUCUACAUUGGGGUGGGCUAAUUUUAGGCUACAUACUCUCUUUAAAAAAAAAAAAAACUAGAACCUGAGGCCCACCAAGUGCAGAACUGGCUCAAGGUAGGUCAGCAUAUAAUGAGACUUCAUUCAAAACUGAAUACUGUUGAGCACAGAAUUAGCUGCAGAAUUUCUUUCAGUACCAAGAUAUCUCUUAUAUUCCUUUCCUUUACAAAGCCACUCCUGGCUUUUCCCUUACUGGAGGGUUAGGCAAUUAGUGCCUCUCCAGAUAUGGCUGGACUACAGAUCCGUGAAACACCAUUUUUAAAAAAAAAAAUGUCUCUGAAAUAAAUGUAAUGCUUUGACA